AUGGAUCUUGGAAGCAGAGGAAGAAUCCACUGCACCAUGAGACUCACACGCUCUCUCCUACUCAUGGCAGUGUUCUGUGCGACACCUUUGCUCUGCCACAGUCAAGUUGAUCCACUGGCUCUUGGGCGGGCAGACCCCCAGUGCUGGGAAUCCUCCUCAGCUGUUUUACUGGAGAUGAGGAAGCCUCGCAUUUCUGACUCUGUCAGUGGCUUUUGGGACUUCAUGAUCUUUCUGAAAUCCUCAGAGAACUUGAAACAUGGGGCUUUGUUCUGGGACCUGGCUCAACUCUUCUGGGAUAUCUAUGUGGACUGUGUGCUCUCCAGAACCCAUGGGCUGGGGAGAAGGCAGCUGUCAGAAGCUGUCAGAAGCCCAAAGACGGCCACUCUACGUUCUCAGUUCACAGGGAGAAAUCAAGGGAUGUUUUCUCAUAUUCAGAGGUCACCAGUUCUGAAGAAGAAAGACUCAUUUGAAGAUUUAAUAAGUAUCCAUAUACAUAAGAGUAGAUCUAUAUUACUUGGAAGAGUCAUUGGAGAAUUAGGAAAAAAGAGGAAAUUACACGUUUAG